AUGGUCUAUAUGCAGGUGAAAUCUACAGAAAAGCCAUGUACAAUUGUAGUGAAGCUUAAACGCUGGGAACGGAUAAAAUGUAAGCCAAACAGCCUCCCGAUUCUACACAAAAUGCAUGUUAAGUUGGGAGAUACAGUGAAAGUCAUAUCUGGACACGACAAGGGCAAAAUCGGAGAGAUUACCAAGAUUUUUAAGCAUAAUAGCUCUGUGAUAGUCAAAGAAAUUAACUUGAAGACCAAGCAUAUGAAGAGCAGGGAAGAGGGUGAACCAGGGCAGAUUAUCAAGAUUGAAGCACCCAUUCACAGCUCAAAUGUGAUGCUGUACUCUAAAGAACAGAAUGUGGCAAGCCGGGUGGGUCAUAAAACCCUAGAAAAUGGAAAACGGGUUCGUUACCUAAUAAAAACUGGGGAAAUCAUCGACAGUGCAGAGGACUGGAAAAAAGUGAUCAAAGAGAGAGAGAAAGCAACAGAAGCAGUUGCCGCUUCUUAGGAGAACAAGUCACCCACUCUUAAUAAAGUGAAGCGCAAUCAGCUUGUUGAAGCAUAUAGAUGGCUCUGUUGUUGGUUAUGGUUGAUGCAG